UGUGUUAGUAUUGUAGACGUCCUAAUUUGUGUGUGAAUACCCCCUACCCCCAGAUGUCGCCCAGGCUUCAUUGGUCCCCUCUGUCAGCACCUGGAUCCCUGUCAUCGAUCUCCAUGCCUAAAUGGAGGUGCAUGCAAGAGCCAGGUGAUGAACGGAAUCCCACAAUACUCCUGUGUCUGCCAGAGAGGCUUCAGAGGACAAGACUGCGGUAACAUCGACGCCUGUGCCACAAGUCCAUGUGCCAACGGGGCUCGCUGUACCAGUGUGAACGACCAUUACAACUGUUCCUGCCCGCCUGGCUACCAGGGAAAGAACUGUCGCAACGAUAUUGACGAGUGCCGAAAACCUGGCAUGUGUCUCAACGGCGGUCUCUGCCUCAACACCCAAGGGUCUUUCCGCUGUCAAUGCCAACAAGGAUACAGCGGUCGAACAUGUGAGGUGUCCACACUGCCCUGUGCCCCGUCCCAAUGCCUUAAUGGUGGAACCUGUCGACAGACUGGCGAGCAUUCCUAUGAGUGUGCUUGCCUACCAGGUAGAGUAGCAAAAUAGAAUAAUGCCCUCAUGUCAGCACACGUUAUUUCUCAAAUGUAUAUUUAUCAUUAAGUAUCAUUAAUUGCUGGGAGAGGUUUAAGUAAUCUUGUGUGUAUCUUUGGUUUGAUUUUAGCUUUUUUUAUAGCUAUUUAUGGUAAAUUCUUUUG